AUGAACCCAAGCGAGAGGGAGACGCUGCCCGACGUGGCUAAGCCAUCUCACUACCAUGUCUCGCUGUACGAUCUGACCAUUGGCGGCAACUGGGGAUACAAGGGAACCGUCAAGAUAGACACCAAGAUCACCCGUCCAACCAAGGAGGUCGUCAUCAAUGUCAAGGCAAUUGACGUCCAGGCAGCUGAGAUCUCUGCCAAAGAUGGAAGUGCCGCCAGCAAGGCCACGGACAUCUCAUACGACCGCAAGUCCGAGCGGGCCAUCUUCAAGUUCGCAGAGGAGAUACAGCCAGCAGACAUGCUCCUGACCGUCUCCUUCACCGGAACCAUCAACAACUUCAUGGCUGGCUUCUGCCGUGCCGAAUACAAGUCGGUAGCCACCCCGGGACCAAGCAUACCCACGGUUGGAGACAAGCAGUACAUGCUCAGCACCCAAUUCGAGGCCUGUGACGCCAGACAGGCCUUCCCUUGCUUCGACGAGCCCAACCUGAAGGCCACCUUCGACUUCGAGGUCGAGAUUCCAAAGGGUCUGACUGCCCUCAGCAACAUGCCCGUCAAGGCCAAGCGGGACGGAAGCAAGCCUGAGCUCGAGUUUGUCUCGUUCGAGCGUACUCCCAUCAUGAGCACCUACCUCCUUGCCUGGGCUGUCGGUGACUUCGAGUACGUCGAGACCAUGACCAAGCGCAAGUACAACGGUGCCAGCAUCCCAGUCCGUGUCUACACCACCAAGGGCCUCAAGGAGCAAGCUCAGUUUGCUCUCGAGUGUGCUUCCCAAACCUUGGACUACUUCUCUGAAGUCUUCGAGGUCGACUAUCCUCUCCCCAAGUCUGAUCUCCUUGCCGUCCACGAAUUCGCCAUGGGUGCUAUGGAGAACUGGGGUCUCGUCACCUACAGAACCACCGCCGUCCUUUUCGAGGAGGGAAAAUCUGACGAAAAGUACAGAAACCGCGUUGCCUACGUCGUUGCUCACGAAUUGGCCCAUCAAUGGUUCGGUAACCUCGUCACCAUGGACUGGUGGAACGAGCUCUGGCUCAAUGAAGGUUUCGCUACUUGGGUUGGCUGGCUUGCCGUCGACCAUUUCCACCCAGAAUGGAACGUUUGGUCGCAGUUUGUCGCUGAAGGUGUCCAACAAGCAAUGAAACUCGACUCCCUACGUGCGUCUCACGCCAUUGAGGUUCCAGUCCGAAACGCCCUCGAGGUUGACCAGAUCUUUGAUCACAUCAGUUACUUGAAGGGUAGCUCCGUCAUUCGCAUGUUGAGCAGCCACCUCGGUCAGGAGGUUUUCCUCAAGGGUGUUGCCAAGUACCUGAAGGCCCAUGCCUACGGAAACGCCACCACCGCCGACCUAUGGUCUGCCCUUAGCGAGGUCUCAGGAAAGGAUGUCACAUCCUUCAUGGACCCAUGGAUCCGCAAGAUCGGUUUCCCUGUUGUGACCGUUUCUGAACAGCCUAGCCAAAUCACCGUUGACCAACGACGAUUCCUUGCAUCUGGCGAUGUCAAGCCAGAAGAGGACGAGACCAUGUGGUGGAUCCCACUCGGCAUCCAAUCCGGUCCCAAGGCAGAGAAGGCCGACAUCCGUAACCUGACCAAGAAGUCUGACGCCGUUGAGAACAUCAACUGCAGUGAAUUCUACAAGGUCAACAAGGACCAGUGUGGUUUCUACCACACCAACUACCCACAAGACCGCCUCAUCAAGCUUGGUGAAUCCAGACACCUCCUUAGCACUGAGGACAGAAUCGGCCUGGUUGGUGAUGCUGCCUCCUUGGCUGUCUCUGGCGAGGGAAGCACUGCUUCCUUGCUCGCCCUGGUUGAGAAGUUCCAAGAUGAGACUGACUGCCUCGUCUGGCAACAAAUCAUGACCUCCAUCGGUGGCCUUCGAUCCAUCUUCGGAACCAACGAGGCUGUCUCUGCUGGCCUGAAGGCCUAUGUCCGCAAGCUGGUGACUCCCGCAACCGAGAAGAUUGGCUGGGAGUUCAAGGCCGAGGACGACUAUUUGACCAAGCAGCUUCGUCAGCUUCUCAUCACCUCCGCCGGACGCUCUGGCCACGAAGGCACUGUCGCCGAGGCCAAGCGCCGCUUCGACGCCUGGGCAUCCGGAGACCAGUCCGCGAUCAACACCAACCUCCGCUCCGCCGUGUUCUCCGUCAAUGUUGGAGAAGGAGGCCGCCGCGAGUACGACGAGCUGGUCAAGGAGUACGAGCGAAACACCUCCAUCGACGGCAAGGAGAUCUGCCUUGGCGCUCUCUCCCGCACCACCGACCCGGCCCUCAUCAAGGAGUUCAUGGAAUUCCUCUUCUCGCCCAAGGUUUCCCAGCAGGACGUCCACACCGGCUCCUCCGGCCUGGCCGCCAACCCCAAGGCGCGCUACCUGCUGUGGGACUUCAUCAAGGCCAAUUGGAGCCGCAUCGAGGAGAAGCUGGGCUCCAACAAGGUCGUGCUCCAGCGCUUCGUGCGUCUCAGCUUGAUCAAGUAUGCCGACCACGACGUCGAGCAGGACAUUGCCAAGUUCUUUGCCGACAAGGACCAGGACGGAUAUGACCGUGCCCUGGUCAUCGCCGCGGACACCAUCAAGUCCAACGCCAACUACAAGGAGCGAGAGGAGAAGGCCAUCCUCGAGUGGCUCCAGACUCACGGCUACGCCGUCCGGCGGAAGAGCGUAUCACGUUGUUUCGACCUUCACCUCGCUCUCUCGCCUUUUGACCUUCCGCCCUCAGCCCAGCAAACGCAGAGCAACCAUCCAACCCGACGCAGCAUCCCCAGUCUUCCCCUUGCCAGACUCUCCUUCAGCCAGCCAGCACAGAUACUACACCGUCGCACGUCUCGAUCCAGCUACCGCCCGUCCGCCACCAGCAGCUAUCUGACCCUUCCGUCGCCUCUCUUCCCCUCCCACGAUACCUACACAGAGAGCUACAUCUCUACCAUCGGUGUCGACUUCAAAAUCCGAACAAUCGAACUCGAUGGAAAGACCGUCAAGCUCCAGAUCUGGGAUACCGCAGGCCAGGAACGAUUCCGAACCAUCACAUCUUCUUACUACCGAGGCGCCCAUGGAAUCUGUGUUGUCUAUGACGUGACGGAUAUGGACUCGUUCAACAACGUCAAGCAGUGGCUGCAAGAAAUUGACCGCUACGCCACGCAGGGCGUCAACAAGCUCCUCGUAGGCAACAAGAGCGAUAUGGAAGACAAGAAGGUCGUCGAGUACACCGUUGCAAAGGAAUUCGCUGAUAGUCUCGGCAUCCCAUUCCUCGAGACCUCCGCCAAGAACGCCUCUAACGUCGAACAAGCCUUCUUGACCAUGGCCAGACAGAUCAAGGAGCGAAUGGGGACCGCAACCGUCAACAACAAGCCAACCGUGCAAGUUGGCCAGGGACAAGGCGUGCAGUCGAAUACCGGCGGCUCAUGCUGUUAA